UAGGAAGCAGAAUAUUAAAUGUGACAGAGGGAUUAUUGGGAUUGAGUACUGGUAUACCAAUUAUUGGGACAGUGGUGGAAUAUAAUUGAGGCUACUGAAAUAUCAAAAUGAAAAAAUCCAGUGGCAAGCCUCAGACAUAUGCCUCUAGUCAGGAAGACAGUGAGAAUGACAGCGAUGUAACUGAAUGUAGCAUUGGAAGCAACUCCACUGCAGGUACUCAUCGCAGUGAUACACCCACUCGCAGCGCUCGUUACAAGCGGAAAGGCCGUCGCAGAAGUAAAACCGCGAAGUAUAAGCCUUCCAUGGAUAAGCCAUUGUAUAAAUACUGUUGUAGUGUUAAGGAGGAUCAUGGACAGCCAUUGUUCGGUGUACAAUUCAAUUAUCACUUGAAAGAAGGCGAACCGUUGAUAUUCGCCUCAGUGGGCAGCAAUCGUAUGAGUAUUUACGAAUGUCCACAGAGUGGAAACAUACGAUUGUUGCAAUGUUACGCCGAUCCUGACACAGAGGAGAACUUCUACACGUGUGCCUGGACGUACGAUGACUCCGGGAAGCCGUUGUUAGCUGUCGCAGGAUCGCGCGGAGUCAUUCGAGUUAUCAGCCCUGCAACAAUGACCUGCAUCAAGCACUACAUCGGACACGGGCACGCGAUAAACGAAUUAAAGAUUCAUCCGAAGGAUCAGAACAUAAUGCUAUCCGCAUCGAAGGAUCACGCUCUAAGGUUGUGGAACAUUAAGACGGAUGUGUGCAUCGCGAUUUUUGGUGGCGUGGAGGGCCACCGGGACGAAGUUCUGAGCGCCGAUUUUGACAUAUUGGGCCACCGGAUUAUCUCCUGCGGGAUGGACCACGCUCUCAAGUUGUGGGCUUUGGACAAACCGGAUAUGCAGGAGGCGAUAAAGCAGUCCUACCAUUGCAAUCCCAGCCGCAAUGGCAGACCCUUCGAUUCGAUUCUUCAACACUUUCCGGACUUCACCACUCGUGACGUUCAUCGGAAUUACGUCGACUGCGUGAAAUGGUAUGGCGAUUUUAUUUUGAGCAAAUCUUGUGAGAAUUGCAUCGUAUGCUGGAAACCUGGCAGACUCGAGGACUCGCAGUUGCGUAGCGGAGAGACGAGCGCGACAGUCAUGCAUCGUUUCGAGUUUAAAGAAUGUGACAUCUGGUUUAUACGUUUUUCCAUGGACUUCUUUCAACGCACAAUCGCAUUGGGAAAUCAGGUUGGUCGCACAUAUGUUUGGGACUUGGACAUGGGUGAACCCGCACAUGCUCGUUGCUGCUCUCUCCAGCAUCCUCGUUGUACCGCGCCGAUUCGGCAAACUAGUUUAAGCCGAGAUGGCUCGGUGUUGUUGUGUGUCUGCGACGACGCGACUAUCUGGAGAUGGAAUCGCGAUCAUUGACUUGCAUUCAUUUUAUCAUGAUUAAAACGUGCCUUUUCUACAUUAUAUAUUAUAUCAAAUUUCUUAAUUUGAUACAAUUUCUGAAUUGUACUUUUAUAUGCACAUACCAUGAACGCAUAUCUUUGCAGAUUUUGCGUAGAUCGUUCUUGUGUAUCAAACUGUGCUGAGUAUUUCUUAUAGUUUAACUUGAGUUUGACUUUAUCAAUCUAUUAAAAUUAAUUCAAAAUCUUCAAAGAUGUGCAUUUAUAGUAUAUAAACAUAUGUGUGAUUGAGAAAUUUAUAUCAAAUUAUUGAA